UGCACCCAGCGAGAGCCCCUGUGUGCCAGGCAGCAGAGCGGGGCUGGCUGGCAGCGAGGCCUGGGGAGUUUUCCAGGGCUCUGGCUCCUACUGGCAGGGGGUCCCUACUCUUCCUAGCUCAGGGACCAGGCAGUGAGCAGGGCCCCUCUGUGAAUGCAGGGCCAGGCAAGAGGAGGACCUGCCCCAGCCUUGUCUACCUUGCCCCAGGGCCGGGGUCUGUGCCAGGCGUGGGCGCUGGGACAAGAGGUGGGGUGAGUCAGAGGCCCCACCCUGCCUUCACUUCAGGGGCCCCCACAGCUUCCUUCCACACCACAGCUGUCCACUGUGCAGCCAUGGCAGGGAGCCUGAAUGUCCCCCACAAGAUCUCGCUGCCAGAGGCUAUGCGAGCAGGGACUGUGCUGAGAAUUCAGGGCUCUGUCCCUGACAAAGCUAAAAGGUUCCACGUGAACCUGCUGCUCAGCGAUGGGCAGGACGCGGACGCCGCCCUGCACUUCAACCCGCGGAUGGACGAGUCCGUGGUCGUGUUGAACAGCAAGGACAGCGGCAAAUGGGGCCGCGAGGAGCGCGGCGCGGGGCUCCCAUUCCAGGGCGGGAGGCCCUUCGACCUGCUGCUCAUCGCCACGGAG